AUGGAAUCCGUACAGUUGAUCGUCCAUCGCACGUUCCUCACGCCUCCUCCUGCGCCUCCUGCACGCAGCGGAGAGGCGUCCCACCCCGUGGAGGAGCGACGGGGUCAAGGUGGAGAUUCGCACGCAGCGCAAGACCAUGCGUGUCACGUGGAAGGCGAGUGUGCCGAGGCGCCGGACGGAACAGCAAAGGAUUCCCGGCGGCAGGACCAGUCAGCACUUCCGCCGGCAUCCUCGAGUUCGUGUGGCGACCGAGAUGCGCUUAUGGCGGAGACAUCUUCCGGUCUUGCGAGCGCGGGCGAGUCGGAGACCAACUCUGCGGUGCCCGCCUCCGCUUCAGCUUCGCGCGCCUCCAGUUCCGCGACAGGUAGCCGUGAAAUGACAAAGGGGACUACCGACAUGGGCAACGAGAACUGUUCACACGCGAUGGUAGGCGUCUCGUCAACUGGGGUGUGCAUGGCUGCUCGUAAACUCGCGGGGGAAAGUGUCCCCGGCGGCGGGUCGCAAACUUCGCGACAGCCGACUGACUGUCUGUCUCAGAGAGAGGAGCAAGUUGGCGUCAGGACCGGCACGGAAGGACGAGAGAGAUCAAAAGCUCCGGCCCUGGCGGGCUGUGAAGCAGACCAGAGUACGCAGGAGGGUUGCGAGCGUGAAAGGGUAACGCUGAAAAAGGGACAGACGGACACCGCAGCAGAGACAUACGGUGCGUCGCCUUCGUGUGAGGAGAGCGCAAAGGCGGCAGAAGCAGAGGCGUGGAGCAAGGCGAGUGGUGAGGAACGGCAGGAUGAAGGAGGCCUCGAGACAGUGCUGGAGACUGGGAGAAGGAGGAAGAACGGUCUCGUCCAGCUGGGCGGUUGCUUCCACGCAACAGAGCUUGUCUCUCAAGAAGACUUUUCGGGGGGAUUGACGACGGUUAUGCUGAGGAACAUCCCGAACAAGUACACUCAGGAAAUGAUGGUCUCUCUUUUGAACGAGACAUACAAAGGGCUGUUUGAUUUCUUCUACCUCCCAAUCGACUUCCGCAACUCGUGCAACGUAGGGUACUGCUUCAUCAAUUUCGUCCAUCCUUUCGUUGCUGCACACUUCAAAAAAGCCUUUCACAACCUGAAGCUCACUGCUUUCAAGUCCCAGAAAAUCUGCGCAUGCACGUGGGGACGCGUUCAGGGCCUCCAGGCAAACAUCGCGCACUACCGAAAUAGCGCCGUGAUGGGCGUCCCGUUCAGUCAGUACAAACCUCUUCUUUUCCGGGACGGUUUGAUCAUCCCCUUUCCUCAAGCGGAACGGCCGCUUCCCUCUGUCAAACCGCGUGGCCACCACGAGCGCGUGGCGAAGGUUACUUAG